CAGGGCGGGAGGUAGGAGGGUGCAGGGCGGGUGGUAGGAGGAUGCAGAAUCAGAACAGCCAGCGGCCAGUUCCUGAAUGAGUUCCCCCGGCGGUGCUACCAUCAGCAUCACCCUCCUGCCACUAUGCCAGGCAAUGGAUUGCUCCUCAGCUGUGUGGGGGUGAUACUGUGCCAGGUUGCCCUCAGCCCCAACCAGGCAGCCCCUCCGCCCAACAUCGUGUUUGUACUGGCUGACGACCUGGGCUGGAAUGAUGUCGGCUUCCAUGGCUCCGAGAUCAGGACUCCAAACCUGGACCGUCUCUCCGGGCAGGGAGUGAGGCUGGAGGGGUACUACGUGCAGCCCCUGUGCACCCCGUCACGCAGCCAGCUGCUCAGCGGCAGGUAUCAGAUUCGCACAGGACUGCAGCAUCAGAUAAUAUGGCCGUGUCAGCCGCACUGCCUGCCUCUGGAUGAGAAACUUCUGCCGCAGUUACUGAAGGAGGCUGGAUAUGCCACGCACAUGGUGGGAAAGUGGCACCUUGGCAUGUAUAAGAAAGACUGCCUGCCAACACGAAGAGGAUUUGACACAUAUUUUGGAUAUUAUACGGGCGGUGAGGAAUACUAUACUCAUGAGAGAUGUUACACAAGCUUAGGGCUGAAUAAAACCAUGUGCGCUCUGGACUUCCGAGAUGGUGAAGUAGCGGCCAGAGGGUAUGAGAAGAAAUACUCCACUCACUUGUUCACGGAAAGAGCGAUUGAUCUCAUAGCCAAUCACAAGCAAGAAACACCUUUGUUUCUUUAUCUGGCUUAUCAAUCGGUGCACUCGCCUCUGCAAGUCCCUGAGGAGUACGUAGAACCGUACGGGUUCAUAGAGAACAAGGACAGGCGGCUGUAUGCCGGAAUGGUGUCCGUCCUGGACGAGGCCGUGGGAAACGUAACUGCGGCGUUGAAGCAGCACAGACUUUGGGACAACACCGUUUUCAUAUUCUCCACAGAUAAUGGUGGGCAAACUUUGUCUGGCGGAAACAACUGGCCUUUGCGUGGCCGAAAAUGGACCCUGUGGGAAGGAGGAGUGCGAGGAGUAAGCUUUGUUACGAGCCCAUUAAUAAAACAAACCGGAAUCACUAAUAAUGAACUGAUCCAUAUAUCCGACUGGCUGCCCACUUUAGUACAUCUGGCCGGAGGUUCUGUCAAUGGCACCAAACCCCUGGAUGGGUUUGAUGUGUGGAAAACAAUAAGUGAAGGAAGCCCGUCCCCCAGACUGGAGCUGCUGCAUAACAUAGACCCUCUGUAUGAGGAUAACUUCCCAUAUGUCUGUAUGCUGGAGACCACAGGAAUACCAGCACAGAUCUCCUACCAACCACCUGAGAGUUCUGCCUCCCUGGGUCAGGGAAAUAUACCAUACAGUGACACGCUUAGUUGUAGUUCUGUGUCUAAUCUGGGAUUCUAUGUAAUGCUUAAAUGCUUUGUAUGUAAUAGUAUAUACCACAUAUUGAAUAUUAUAGGCAGGGACUCACUGAAGUCUGCAAAGCCAUCAUAUUGUUUGUAAGGAUUAUUUUCUGUAAGUCUUCACUUGCAAUCAUCUCUAUACUUUCCCACACACUUAUACAACCACAGUGGAAAGGCUAUUUAUCAAAAUGUGGCAUAAGGCUGAUUUUCUGCUGCGACUUAAAAUCACCUAUUGCUGCAGCCUAUCAUUAAAACUUGUCCGAGGCAACUUUGCGACACUCAGCUGUCCAUUAACUACAUUAUUUACGCGGCUAACUUGAUGAAGCGUGAACUCGGGUGGUGUAUCCAAUAGCAAUAAGUCAGAGUUUAAGUCUUUGAUGAGCAACCUGCUGUACAGUAGUUUGAUGGCUGCACUGGAUGGCCAUCAAAUCUUCUAAGGGGCAGCACAUCGGGGCUAUUUCAGAUGUGGUUGGAGUUGCUAUCACUGCCACUCCGAUACUUGCUGUGAUUUCUCCAUUCGCGCCGGCAGCCGCAUUCCCUGUAGGGUUCUAUGGGGGAUGCGAUGCUGCCAGAUGUAUCAAUAUCCGAAAUGUAAAGCAUUUCCAAAUAUUGACCCCCGCAGGUUCUGCUAUCUGAAGAUGGCGGUAGCCCAUUGAAGCCUAUGGGCUAUACAUCACAUUUGUAGCCGGUGGCCCUCAGUGCUUGUGCGGUCAGCGGGACUGCGCAUGUGCAGCAGCCCCUUCAGUCCUCACAGCACAUUGCAGGGAUGGGCUCCUUUUUGAGGCCCUGUCCCUGCGGGUGAUAAAUAUUGCAUCCAGCCGAUAUGAUUGCAUAUUGCAAUGCGAUCCUGGUCACUAAUAUCGCGCCCAGAUCACAUUGCACAUGUGAUCAAUGAUAAAUGCACUUACCAAGCUGUCAUUCACAUUGGGAAUUGAGCAGAUACUAGGAAUCCAAAUGUGUGGUCCUUUCCCAUUUCCCUGCCGUAAAGACACCAUGUUAUUUAAUAUCUCAAUGAUCUCUAUAGCCUGCUCAUUGGUGUUCCCUGUGCAAUGCUCACUGCUAUCUGCACAGCACUAAAUAUACUGAAGUGGCAACAAGCCCAAACAGCUCAUUCAAUAUCCAUUUCAUUGUACCUAGUAAAGUGAAACAUUGCUUAAAUAGUUUACAAAUUGUUAGCAACUUGGGUAGUAUUGUAAACAACAAGCAGAUGAAGGAAUGACAGAAUUUCAAGCAGGGCUUUUAAGUACAGAUGUAAAACUGUCCAGUGGAAUAUUUUACCCUUACUUGUACGGUUCCCGACCACAACGUAGAGUAGAAAUACAAAGCACCUUUGUUGUUAAAGCUUCACUUAUAGGCUAUAGGUCCCUCAAAAUGUGGCAUUUAUAAAUAGGUUGUGAAAUGCCAAGCCACGGAAUAGCGAAGCAGGUGUAGAACUCAACUAUAGUAUCAAUAGAGCUUCACACCUCCUUGAAAUGGUCUGUUCUUCUGCAAGUUCGAUUUUCAAGAAAUUCUGCCACUUAGUUCAGUUUUUAAUUAAAAAUGUUUUUAUUAAAAUCUAAAUACAGAUAAUAAAAGAACAUGAAAUGUCAGAGGUGGUCCCCCUUCUUCAGGUAUUGUGGUAGAACCUGUUUUAGCUGUUCUCUGGCACUCUGAGAGUUAAUGCUGGGUACACCCCUAAAGAUUUAU